CUAGCUGUCACCUCGACACCCCGCCCCUCCUCGCUCCGCCCUCAGAGGAAGAUGAGGAACCCGGAGUUCGGACUGCGAAAUCAUGGCAACGUUCAUGGAGCGGUUAGCUUUCCUCCAGAAAGUGCCCACCCUGAUGAAGGCUACCGCAGAUGAUGAAAACCCCUGUCCUGGCUACUUGUUCCAGGAGAUUGGAAAAAUCUCCCAUGAAUCUUCAGGUUGUGGACAGUGUUUGUUGGAGUACCUUUUGGAGAGGCUGCAAGCUGGGUCCUGUCACGUCAAAUUAAAGGUGCUGAAGAUCUUUGUCCAUCUCUGCAGCCAUGGUUCAAACCAUUUCCUCACAGAACUUAGAAGGAACUCCACCUUCAUCCAGCAAGCGUCAGUUUAUAGUGGCCCACCUGAUCCCAUUCAUGGCACAGCAUUGUACCAGAAAGUGAGGAAUACAGCACAGGAAGUGGCCAGGUCGCUUUUCACAGAUGCAAUGUUAAACAAGAGCAGCGUCUCUCCACUCAACCACGGCAUGGGUAUGGGCUCUGACCACAGGUCAGGAAUGCAGGGCUUUGGUUACAGUCCAGGGAAGCAAGGCACAGGCAGUGACUCCCUAUUGGAUAAGAUCCAGAAAGCUGCAGAGGUAGUUGCGAGUGCUGUCCUUCCACCGACUGAACACCAGGGCAUCCGUCUCCAAGAAAACCAUUAUAGGGCCGUUGUCGCGCCGUCUGCACCCAUAGAGGUUGCGGUGCCUGCAUGUGCCUAUAACCUGCCUGCUCGCAAACUGAAAGCAGUGACCCAGCGGUGCCCGGGGAAGGUAGGAGGCGGCUGGGAAGAGACCGACAGCGGCAACAGCUCCUCUCACAACUCCUCUCAGGACAUCGCAGCCAACAGCAGGGCCUCAGCUGGCAGCAAGUCAGCGGGGACCGGGAGCCAAUCGGGGGCCAGCAGAGAGAGCAGUGGGGACCUAUCAGAACGGGUUGAUGCUUUGCAGUUGGGGGACUGUGGCCAGGAGAUGGCUCUCAUCAGCAGACUGACUGAAGGAUCCAGAGUGUUCCUGUCCAGAGAGGAGAACCAACACUUCAUCAAAGAAUGCUCCAUUCUUAACUGUGAGGUUGUGGUGGAGUUGCUCUCAAGCAAACUUCAAGAUCCCUCAAACACUGUUAAGAUGAGGACUCUGUGUGCUAUCGCAUGCCUCAUGACCUCUGACCUCCUCUCGCUGGAGCAAAUGUUUGGAGCCACACAAAGGAGACUUCGCCAGCUGAGUGAGGGGCCCCCGGGGCCUGUGGCAAACAAAGCCACCAAGAUUUUGCGACAGUUUGAAGCUCUGACCGGUGGAUCUUUGAACGCUCCCAAGCCGGAUACAGCAAACGGCAGCCACCAGGCUACAAGUAAUCAGCCUCACACAUCUUCAUACUCAGGCCCUUUACUACCGUCUUGCUUUGCUGACAGCACCAACCUCAACCAUCUUCAGCCUGACAUUGUGACCGUAGAUGUCCCUCAGCUACCAGAUCCCCCAUCUUCCCCUUCUGGUCUGGCUUUGGCACAGAAACACCCAGCAGACCUGAUGCUUGACGGGGGUGAGGUGAAACUUUCUUCCAUUCAGCCAGAGCCCAUCAGGACUGCUGACGUUGCACUGGCUGUUGAUGAUCCAGAGCUUACCAGAGACAGAGGUUCCUCUCCUCUCUAUGAGCCGCAGAGCGAGCAGCUCUGUCUGAGCAGAGUGUCUCUGUUCAGUGGAAUGGAGCUGGUGACCAGGGGGAGGCUGCUGUGCGAGAGGGAAAGAGAAAUGUCCACGACUGACAUGGACAUAAAGGAGGAUGGCUUAAAGCAGAAUGCAGCUGUGUAUAGGUCUGAUGAUGCAGAACAUUCAACUGCCCCUGUCAACAGUACCAUCAGUGAGAGUUCUCCUUCAUUUUGCAACUCGGCUGCAUCCGAUAGCAGCCAGCCAGUAUCUGCCUUCUCAUUUCUCAAAUGUUGACCAACAACUGCUGCUGGGACUGUUCUACCUAAACCAAUGAUGUCAUCACAUAUAUAUAUAUAUAUCAUUUUAGGAAAUCUAUUUAAUUAAAAAACGACCUCAGAUCUGCAAGGUUAUACUGUAGAGGCAGCAAAUUCAUAUUAUGUCCAAGUUGUCUAUUCAUAUAUGUGUCGUGCCUCUGUGGAAGCUGUACUUACAGGACCAGCGUGUGGGAUUAAUGCUGAGUUCACACUACAUGGUUUUCACUUUUUGGGGCUCUGGUGUACACAGAAUUGAUUUCAGGGCCAAGACUCUGUCAUCCGUUCGUUGUACACUGUUUACAGUUGGACUAGUUUCUACACAAAUGUUUCUCCACCCAAAACACAAACACUGACACCUCUAGUAGCUGCUCUAGGUCCAGACAAUAUUUUGGCUCAACUUUAUUCACAGCUAACCUCAUAUGAAUCCAGAUGAACUAAAAAGCUGAUUGCUGAUGCAUUUUGGUUCAUGUUUUCUGCGUGUAUUGCUCUCAACAUUAACUGUUUACCUGCACGUCGUCUCCUCCGACUAGAUUUAUAGCAGGCCAAAUAUCUAGAUAAGUCAGCAACAAAUACAUUUAAAAUUUGCCAUUUAGAUCACAAGACGGGGCGAAGAGUGCGUAGUCUGUGACCCUGUCGCCAGACAAGCAAGUGGUAUGAUCUGCACAGUGAUACGAUGUCUUUAAAAGACGUGUAGUCUGAACUUUGCUUGGAGAGCCUUUUAGCAGUGAGGUUCCACAUUGUGAUCAACUCAACCCCUCCCUGCUCUCUUUCUAAAAAUGUAGGAGAACCUCCAUUGGCCUUCAGCUUGCAUAAUUACAAAACGUCCUCCUCAGAGCCAGUGUUUGGUUUGUCCCUUCUGGGCUACUGGAGAAACAAUGUAAUUCAAUAUGAGAGGAGGACCUGCCUCUCAUUUCCAUGUGACUGGCUCAUUUUAAGUGAACAAAAAACAUGUGUAACUAACUGAAAACAGGUUAUGAUUAUUAUAUUUCAUUUAUACAAUUUGUAUAAAACGGGUUUGCUUUGAAUCCUCCACGCUGCUCCUUUAAGCAGCAGAUUUGGUGAGAGACAGAUUGAGGACUCUGUGCUGUAGUCGUUGAGGGAUGUUUCACGAGUAUGGUGGUCUUGAAUUACUGGUUCUAACUGAUGGCUGCUUUAUCUCAGGAUUUAUUUUAGGUAACAACUCUUUCGCCUCCGCAGCAGCCCCUGAAACCUCUGAGGGACAAUCCCUUGAUUUGUAAUUUGCACUACAGUUGCUUUUUUUAAUGAUCUCAUGAAACUACAAAGCAGUCGUCUUCCAUGUUUCGUUGGUACUAAGCUAUCAGUAUUGUGUAAAAUUUACAAGUUAAGUCAUUCUACCCUGUAUUGAUUGAAACCUACCCAUGAGAAUAGAGUGCAUGUCUUUAAUGAAAAAAGUGAGUGUGGAGAACUAAUGUGGACAUUUUCGCUGUGCAAUAACCAAUGUGCGAAAGAUCUGCAAUCAGAAUAAUGACAAUAUCUUCAACUAAACAGUCACUUCUUAAUAUAAUGUAAACUGCAUCCACUAUGGUUAUUUCAGUGACACAUUAUAAUGUGGCAUUUAGUACAAACGACAUACCAUUAUGGAAACCUACUGGUACAUAGUGAAAGCUACUGUACCGUUACUGCUACAGUCACUUUGUUUCAGUGAGCCACGCUGCUGCACAGAUUGAAGAAUAAAACAUGCUGUGUUUUGUUACAGCAACAACUACAUAAGUGAGGCUCACUAUGCUGCAAAUUCACAAAUGGGAAUCAUCUCAAACAUCACUUCCAAUUACACUUUAUUUCAAUGUCAAAUGAUUUGGAACAUUACACAAAAUAUGAAUCAUCACACCUUUAUUUGCAACACAGUGUACUGGUCAUAUUAAACCGCCCAUAAACAAG